GAAUCUUCAUUUGGAAAGACAUGUCUGACAGGACAGCAGCUCAUUUGCUAGGAUGAUACAAUAAUAUUUUUGUGGUGAUAUGGUGGCUAAGACUCAGAGGUGAUCAAUCUUAACAACAUGGAGAAUUGGUGGAGUGAGCGGCACAGAGUGCUGGACCAAUUAAACGACCGACUAAUAGGUUUUCUGAGAGGUGACGAGAGAAAACCUGUGGAGAUGCGAAUGGAGGGGUACAAAGAGGAGCUGGAUUUCAGGGACAUGAAGGAUAUAUACUUUAGGAUAGACGAAGCUAACCAGAAAAUGCACGAGGACAGGAUGAGGCACCUGGAAAACUUAUUUCGAUGGAACUCUAUGACAAAGAAAAUGGAACGUCUGCUUGAGAAAAACAGACAGGACUCGAGAGAGAUGGAGCAGGUAUUGCUGAGGCAAAUCGAACAUGGACGCAGGAGGAGAAUAGAGGCACCUAAGUGCAGCCCUGAUCACACUCAGACGGAGCUGAAACAGAAAUCGCGUGGCACGCAGACACAAAUUGACUGGCUGACAGACAUGAGACAACAUGGAGGAGAGAAGAAAGAUAUCAUUCAAUCAAAUGAACCACAAUUUCUCCAGGAUGCACAGAGACAAAAAGCAGAAAAACAAGUGCCACAGGCUAAAACUACACUGGAGGACGACCAGCUUGGAGAUAUGAAUGCAGGGGACAAGUGGGGUGGAAUUAAAAAGGGACAUGAGCAAAGCCAAGCAGCAAGUGGGCCUACACAAAAACUAGACAAACACAGGAACAAUCAAGGCCAAGACAGAGAGAAAAACAAAGGUGAGAUGAUAAACAUGAGAACAAGAGGAAAUGAGGAUGUAGAUACAGAUGACGGAGAGAGAAAACAUUUUGGGGUGAGUGAAGAAAAUGCUGAUCGGGCAUCCGGCCUACGAAACAGUUCAAAAGGAACAGACAUUCUGAAUGAAGCAAAGCAUGAUGUCGUGAAUGGAAAGAAAGAAACCUUGAUAGAUGGAGAAAAAUUCAAACAAGAAUGCAUAAUGACAAACAGAAGAAGAGAGGAAAUUGGGAGAACAGUGGACGCAAAGCAGCUAGAUGACUGGUUCAGAGAUACGGGCAUUAAGACUGGAAGAGAAAAGCGGAUGGAGCAUGAGAGUAGCCAGCCACUGCAGUUAUGGCAAGAUAGCAAACAGGUAGAGGUGAAUUUAAAGAGUGAGAGAGAACCUGCAGAAAACUGCAACACAGGAGGAAUAAUCACUACGAGCAGCCGAAGGGAGAAAAAAACAGGAGCACAAAAACGAACAAGCAAAGAGGAGCUCAUGAAUGUCUUGUUUAAUGACAAGGAGACAACAAGGGAAAAAUGCCAUGUCACAGAGCCACAUCAAAGAAGAUUGGCAGAAACACAACAAGAGAGAGUAAAAAUUAGAGAAAAGGAAACAGAGAUGUUUAACCCAAGACAGAAAGCAUUUGUCACACAAGCAGAUGACAGGAAAAAACACAUGUUGAGGCAGAGUGACCAAAACUCAGAGAAUACAACACAAGAAUGCUCUCAGCAAAGAUCAAAUGUUGACAGUUGGAUGAGAGAAUGGAUGCAGACAACGAAGAAUAGAGCAAAAUGCAGCAUGAAAACAAAUGACACGGAAAAGAGAGAGUUGCAGACGACAAGAGACAGCGGAGUAGAAGAAAGCGACAGAAAAAUAAGCAAUGCGAAUGUGGUGGGUGCAAAAGAAGGGACAAGUAUAACAGGAAAACAAAGGCAGCAGAAAAGCGUGAAGGGCGAUACGACUGAAAAGAUAGAGCUGAAGACGACAAGAGAAUGCAACGAGAAUGUGGUAGGUGCAAAGGAAUGGACAAGUAUGCAUAGGCAGGAGCAAUGCCUGAAGGGUGAUGCGACUGCACAAGGGUACAGAUUAGGGAAAAGCACAAACCAGACUGGCAUUGAGUACACGUCACUGCAUUCAGACUGUGGAGCCAGCCGGUCUGUCCAACAGACUGUCUCGGAGCAGCAGAGGGCAGCUAAGAGUGCAACACAAAAAAAGGCAGUGCUUGGCAUAGAUGCAGAGCGCAGCACAGAUCAACAUGCCAGAGCUUUGCAAGCUAGCACUCAUGGAGAAAAGGAGUGUUGGAAACAAACAAGCAUCACUACUAGUACAAAUAUCCCGCGAAAAGUAAACAGCUGGAUAGAUGAAACAAGUGAUAAAAUGAGUUAAGAACGAGGGAUGUGGUGAUCGAGGCAAAAGUUAUCAAUAUCAGGGAGAUGAACAAGAGAAAAACGAUAGAGCAGGAAGAAAGGAAGAGAGAGUUGGAAAUUAUAUCAUCAGCGCAAGAAGAGAAGAAAGAGAGAGAAAGUGUCAGCCAGGAAAGAGUCCAGGGCCUAUUGAAACCACAAAACCAAAUAAACAAGCAGCAAAUGGAAAGGCAGAGGGAACUCUUUGAAAUAGAAAAACAAAAAAAGCUAAAGCAACAAAAGGAAGCAGAGAGGUGCAUUGAAAUUGAGCGGCAGAAGGAACAAGACAAGCAGAAACAAAUGGAAAAGCUGAAAGCACAGGAGAGUAACAGAAAUGGUGAGAUAGAGAAGGCAUCUAGUGAGCUCACAGUGAGAUGCAAACAGGGUGAUGAGGAAAGACAUGAUCUGCAGCGCCCAAAACUGACAGAAAACCUAACAAGAAGAACUGAAAUCGCAGGUCUGAGGGCCCCUCCUUACCAGCAGAACAUCUCUAAACAUGAGGCAGAUGGUCUGGCCAGCACGGCAGCUAAAAAGACAGACAAUGCUGUGGUGAAUUUAAAAGGCCACGUAGGCCAAAACAGCAAACAUCCUUCUCACAUCCAAAUUGCAGCAUCGGAUGGACAUCAAAAGUUUUCAGUUUGUGGACAGAGCAAAUCUGACAAAGUAGAAACUGAUAUGGCCACUGUGCCGAAGGAGAAGACUGAGCUUGUCAGGCAAGUGCCCCAGCCCAGCAUCAACAAUUAUCCUCAGGUCCAAAUUCCAGAAUCUGUUGCAAAUUGUCAAGUGAGGGGAUCCAAUAUGGAACCGACACCUCCAGUCUACACCCAACAACCUACAUUAUGGACCACCACCAUGAGAGCUGAGAAAGUAGACAAGUCUACUGAGAACAUAGCUAAGCAGGCAGCCUUGCCCAACAGCACUUGUUCUCUGUCUCAGACUCCUGCAUCAGGUCCUGGAGAUGAUGAGAGAGAGGAGACUGAGAGUGCUGCAUCGUCUUCAGCUGCAGAGAUGGCACAGGGACUGAAGUCAGAAGAUGCAGGGUAUGGUAAGGAAGAAACAGACAGUGGACCGGUGAAGGACAAGAGCGUCAGGAGGAGAUUCCUUGGAUGGGUCAACAAGAAGACCAAAGACUACUACGCCAACAAAAUCGAGAAGACAAUCAAGAGAGAGCAGGAGGAGGGAGAUGAUGUUUACCAGUCAUGGUUUCAGAAAACCCCCAUAUCCCGGGCAGAAAGGGAGAAGGAGAAGAGAGAGGCUCUGAUGAAAGCGGAGGCGAAGCGCCAGCAGAUGGAGGAGUCCUGGAAGCAGUGGGAGGUGAAGAGAGCGGAGGAGAAAAAGCAGAGGAAAAAGGAGGAGGCAGAGGUCAAGGCCAUGAUGGAGAACCCAGAGUUCCUCAGGAGUUUGCCAAGCAUCCCAAUGCUCAUGUUUCCCUACAUGUAAUCCACCACCACAGGAGAUAUUAUAGAACAGGGAUGGCAACUGUCAUGACAAAGAGGGCCAUGUUUUUUCAUCUACACCAUCAGAGGGCCAUAUGCAGUGGUCGAGUUGUAAAAUGAAACCAGGGGGGAUGGUCAGAGAUGUAUUGUGAUUAUUGGGGGUUCAGGGUUUCUCCCCCAAGAAAACGUUGAAAGUGUUAAAAGUGCAAUUUUAACACAGUAUGUGAAAAGGGGAUGCCUGUUUUAAAGGGGGAUGAUUUUUGACGAUUUUCAUUGAGAGGUAUGAUUUUAGACCAUUUUCAUCCCCACAUCCCCCUACAACUUGAGCCCAUAUGACCAUGGAUCUGACUCUAACUUGCAGAGUUUGAGUUGCUAUUGGUUGCUCACUGACUGCCGAUAUUGUGUGGAAGGAAUAGGAGUGUUCUGUAUUGGCCAGCAGAGUAUAUUUUUUACUUCAUUUUAUUUUACUUUUAUUGCAUUUAAAUAAACAUUGGACUUUCAACAUUU